AACAGCCAUUUUGUAUCAGGAAGUACUGACAAAACCCGAGCCUCUUGUACGAUUUCCGGGUGUGAUAUAUUACCAUUAACUUAGCAGCCGAGAAGCCAUCUCAGUCAGAUAUGAAUUGUAUAUGGAGGCAAGAGUGAUAUUCGGCACUGAAACUUAGCUCCAAGAUACCAUUUCUUGGAUGUUGUAAGAACUCUCCUACCGCCAUCAUUCCACUCAGAUAACAAGAGGGAGACCGAGUAGGCUGAGAGAGGGAUCUAGAUCAGGGACCCUCUGAAAAGAUGCCACCACCACCCCCGCCGCCCCCGCCGGGGCCCCCUCCCCCACCCACCCUGAACCAGGCCAACACAACCAAGCCCAACCUCUCCAAGAACGAGCAGAAAUCCAGAGGAGCGCUUCUUGGGGACAUUCACAAAGGAAUGAAACUCAAAAAGACAGUAACGGUCGACAAAAGCAAACCUGUGCUAGGUCCAUCAAAACCUAGUGGAGGAGGCGGAAUAGGAGGAGGAGGCGGUGGAGGAGGAGGAGGGGGAGGAGGAGGAGGAGGGGGAGGAGGAUUUGGAGGAGGAGGAGGAGGUGGAGGUCUUGGAGGUUUAUUUGCAGGAGGAAUGCCCAAAUUGAAACCAUCAGGAAUGAGAGGAGGAGGAGGUGGCAGUUCAGCACACUCAAACGCACCUUCAUUACAUGCACCUUCAUCAAACCAUGUCAAUCAUAGCAACAGGGGCCCAUCUACGUCACCUCAACCCCCAAGACACAAUUUUGGUAACAGUGGUGGAACCAGAGACAACAAGCCAAGCGGCGGACCACAUACGUCACGCCCGUUACCCCCUCCCGUCGGGGGCUCACGGCCACUGCCCAGCCAACCAAAGAACACUCACAAUCCAGUGUCAGCCAGAAUGAGUAAUAAAGGCAGCAGUAAUGGGCACGGGGCAGACCGGGCACCACCCCCUCCACCCCCAAAUAGCAGUAGACCUCCAAGACCCCCUUCCACAAGUUUCCCCCCACCACCUCCAUCAUUAUCAUCCUCAAAACCCUCAAGUAAUAAUUUUCCACCACCCCCUCCCCCUUCGACUAUACCUUCGAGGAAUAGUAGAGCGCCCCCGCCCCCUAAGAGAGAUCCCCCUAAAGGGUCGCCGGCCCCGCCUCCACCCCCUCAGGCGAGGCUCGAUAAUAAACUCUCCAAUGGUCCCAGUACAGGUCCACCACCGCCACCGCCUUCAAGGCCGCCCCACGGUGGCAGGCCGCCCCCACCCCCAAGAGACAGCGCCAGGCCGGGGAAUGCACCACCACCACCUCCGCCUUCCAGAAGUCAGGGCAGGCCUCCGUCAACGUCAAAUUUAUCGUCGAGGGCGCCACCACCGCCGCCAAACAGAACGUCAACCGGUCCAGGUAGUGGCCCUCCCCCACCAUCCAGGGAUAGACAGAGACCGCCAUCAAUAGUGGGUUCAGGACCGCCCCCACCACCACCAUCUAGAACACCAAGAAGUCCCCCUGCAAGGGAUUCAGGAAUAAUGAAUGGAACUGAUGAUUUUGAAGGUCGGUUCAAUUUUAAGUCAUCCUCACGCUUCCCUAAUCCACCAGCUUUCAAGAAGAAUCAAAAGACAUAUCCAAGCAAACAACCAAAUAGACAAAACUCCGCUAUGUACUUUACAUCUGAUCAAGCGAAUGCACAUUCCAACGGUACAAAGAGAGGGCAACCCCCAGCACCCCCAAGACAAUAGGAUCUUCACUUUUUUUUCUGUAGCUUAGGGAUAUUGAUGCACUGGCUCUCCAUUGACAGAAACUACCAGCCCUUGCCUUGCCCAACCAUCCUGACAAUGCAGUACCACCUAAGCUGGUAAAAAAAUACAACAUGAAGGAAGCACUUGGCAAGGGUCCAUUUGGAGAAGUUAUGCCUGCGGGAGGCCUAUCCGGUGGAAGACAGCCAAAAAGAAACUUAUGACAAGAAUAUUUUAUAGUCUUCAUGUAUAUAUAUAUAUGCAUUGGAGGUGCGUCAAGUCAGCAAGAGCAUAUACUACUAUAUUUGAAUCUUUCUAAUACUCAGAAGAAGUUCAAUUAUUUAUCUUGCAAUAUUCCGACGAUGUGUCUUAAAACAAGAAUCCAAGAAGAACCGAACGCUAUGCAGGUGAUGCGGUGGAUGUAACGCUGUUCGCUUAUUCUGAGACAUUCUCGGAUGGUACACGGCCUCGUUGUAGGCCCACUGGUUCCAAACAACCAGCAAAUCAGUAAUUGAGAUCGAAGGGAACAAGUCCCGGAGAUUUUUCAUGAAGAGUUCAAUGUGACUCAAAGUCAUCUCGCACGAGUCCCAAUGCACUAUUUAACAAAUGAUCUCAUUGGUAGGUUAAUCAGUAUUGGGCACCGACCUAGCAUGAUCUAACCAAUGUGGUGACUUGUUCUUAAAGUUUGACUUCAAACUCAAAACUCCUUUCCACGCUACAGAAGUGGUGUAUUCAUGGGAAUGCACUAUUUCAGGCAUACCGUACCACACUUUGGAAAAGGCAUACAGAUGCCAUUUUGAUAGACAUGUAAGCCGAUGGUUGAUGCAUUUGCAAAGCCAUCCAUGUAUGGAAUACUGGAACAUUCUAAUGCAAUGGAUAGGAUCUAACAAUAAUGAAAUCUGAUAGAAAUAAACUAAAGAAUGGAGGUAUAAAAUUGGUAAAAUGAAGGGGAAUAGAUAGCUCCUAACCCCCUUACCAAGAAUAUUCCAGGCUAUUUUAGAUAGGGUUGCACUUCUCAGCAAGAAUACUCAACAUCUCAACACUUCUCCUACCACAUCAGUGCAAUCCCCACCCCCAUAACCAUGGAUAGGGAAGAUGAUGUAAAACCACUGACAUUUCUUUCCUUCAGCUUUAAAGCCAAUUAAUUAUGAAUUUAAAGGGCUAUUCUUUUUUCUGAAAAUGACACCCUCAAUAAACUCGUGUGCAAACUAUAAGGUUCAGACAAGGUUCAAACAUUGUUUCUGCACUUAAAUAGAAUGUCACUCAAAGAUUUGCUGCUUAAUUUCUAUUUUGUCUUCCAAGUGAAUGCAAAGAAUUCAAUACUUCUUGAUAAAAACUUUAAAAAAGGCUUUCUUUUCAAGGAGAUUAAAACUGAAAAUACAAGAAAACAAAGAUAUAGUUCUU